UGAAACCCAGCUUAGUUCCUCUCCGGCUGCCAGGGGCUGAGUGCGCGAGCUUGCCCUGAAACUCUGGGGGUGUUCUAGACUUUUUUUCCUGGCCUAGGGAAGAUCAGCCACCCCUCAAUCCCUGGUGGGCUUCCGACAGCCACAACAGAGUAAGGGUUUCCCCCUUUUUGUUGGGAACCAUUGAAACCUUUCUCCCGAUCCCCGUCCCCUUUUCUCCUCCCUCUCCCUUCUUCCCCUUCCCCAAAGCCUCGCUGGGCUUCGCCUCCCUCACUCCCUUCCCCACCCCUUCCUAGGACUGGGCUGAAGUCACCGUGGAGCUCCAGCGCGGCACCCCAACUUUCCAAACCAGGAGGGAAAUAUGGGAUGUAUAAAAUCAAAAAGAAAAGACAAUUCAACUCACGAUGGAAUAGAUUUGAAGACCGAACCAGUGCUCAGUCCAGAUUCUCAACUUUUACCAGGACAAAGGUUUCAAAAGAAAGAUUCUGAAGAGCAAGGGACUGUGGUAAUAGCCUUAUAUCCCUAUGAUGGCCUUCACCCUGAUGAUUUAUCCUUCAAGAAAGGAGAAAAAUUGAAAAUCAUUGAAGAGCAUGGAGAAUGGUGGAAAGCUAGAUCUCUUUUAACCAAAAAAGAAGGCUUCAUUCCCAGCAAUUAUGUAGCAAAAGUCAACACUUUGGAAACAGAAGAAUGGUUCUUUAAAGAUAUAACCCGGAAAGAUGCUGAAAGACAGCUUUUGGCUCCAGGGAAUAGUGCAGGAUCAUUUCUUAUCCGAGAAAGUGAAACAUUAAAAGGAAGUUUCUCUCUUUCUGUCCGAGAUUAUGACCCACUGCAUGGUGAUGUUAUUAAGCACUACAAAAUUAGAAGUCUGGACAAUGGAGGUUAUUACAUAUCUCCGAGAGUCACUUUUUCCUCUAUCAGUGACAUGAUUAAGCAUUAUCAAAAGCAGCCGGAUGGUUUGUGCAGAAGGCUUGAGAAGCCAUGUAUUUGUCCAAAACCACAAAAACCAUGGGAUAAAGAUGCUUGGGAAAUUCCACGUGAAUCAAUUAAGCUAGUAAAGAAGCUUGGAGCAGGACAAUUUGGAGAAGUCUGGAUGGGCUACUAUAACAAUAGUACCAAAGUGGCUGUGAAAACUCUGAAGCCAGGAACCAUGUCUGUGCAGGCAUUUCUAGAAGAAGCCAACCUCAUGAAAACACUUCAGCAUGACAAGUUAGUGAGGCUCUAUGCUGUGGUUACCAAAGAGGAGCCCAUUUACAUCAUAACAGAAUACAUGGCAAAAGGGAGUUUGCUGGAUUUCCUGAAGAGUGAUGAAGGUGGGAAGCUGCUGCUUCCGAAGCUAAUUGACUUUUCAGCACAGAUAUCAGAAGGAAUGGCAUACAUUGAGAGGAAGAAUUACAUCCAUCGAGACCUGAGAGCAGCUAAUGUUCUUGUUUCAGAUUCACUGAUGUGCAAAAUUGCUGAUUUUGGCCUUGCUCGGAUAAUUGAAGAUAAUGAAUAUACAGCAAGAGAAGGUGCAAAAUUCCCUAUUAAGUGGACAGCUCCAGAGGCAAUAAACUUCGGAUACUUUACUAUUAAAUCAGAUGUAUGGUCCUUUGGAAUUCUCCUAUAUGAAAUUGUAACCUACGGGAAAAUUCCCUAUCCAGGGAGGACUAAUGCUGAUGUGAUGGUGGCUCUGGGGCAGGGAUACAGGAUGCCACGCAUGGAAAACUGUCCAGAAGAGCUCUAUGACAUCAUGAAAAUGUGCUGGAAGGAGAAAGCAGAAGAAAGGCCAACUUUUGAUUAUUUACAGAGUGUGCUGGGUGACUUCUACACAGCAACAGAAGUGCAAUAUCAACAACAGCCUUAGAACAAAGAGAUACUUUUUUUUCUCCAAUUGGCAUAGACAGAUGUCACAUUAAACACACACACGCACACGCACACACACACACACACACACACACACACCCCAAAAACUGGUUGCACAAGUUAUUUCGUUGUGCCUGGAUUAGCCACUGCGCCUGGUUCCUAAAGGCUGAAAUAACUCAGGAAGAUUCUGUGUACUAUACACAGAAAGAGAUACCCUGUUUCUCAACUGAUGGAACAGAAUUGAAAAGAAUAACUGGGGAGUGACUGGCUCAGAGGAUAAACUGCUCAUCUGCUGGUAACCUUAUCUGUCUAAGCUACCAUCUGAAUCCAAACUUAGAAGGCAAAGAAUAGAUCCCAAUUAAAAAAUAUACACUCUGACCCUGCAUUUCUAAGGUGGAAAUGCGAUAAUCACUUUAAAAUGUGAUCCAUAUCGGCAAAUUGUGACACAAGUGUUUUCAAGCCAAAUGUACUCAUUUAUAAAGUCACUAUCAAUGGUUACACACUGCAGGAAUUCUUUGUAUUUUCCAUAGAUUUGCACUCAUUUAAAAAAGAUGGGGAAAUGUCAUCAACUAACCAUGUACCAUGUGAAGUCAGUGACUGAGAAACAUACACUCCCCCCCAUGAAACCUAGUCCCACAAAUAUCCUGCUGCAGGUACAGUUCACCACUAGCCUUUUCUUCAGUGGAAAGGGACCAAGAUUUUUCAUUUUAAUGUCAGUGUUAUAUUUUAAAGAAGAUCUAUGUUCUGGUAACAAACCAUAAUUCCCAAUGUAUGGAAAUUUUCGAUAACCUUUGAUUAUUUGGGCAUUAGAAACAGCAGUAAGAUUAUGGUGUCUACAAGAACUUUCUCUAGCUAUGCAGUUAAGGCAUUAUGGAAAGGAAAAUGGAAAGACUAAUUCUUUAGCUGCUUCCAGUGAUUGGAGGGGCAUUUUUAUUACCAAAUGCAUUGUAGUAUAUGCCUUAAUGGAUUGAUUUGUUUUUCAUGAUUCAUACUAUGAUUUCUAAGUAAUUAGAGAUUUGUAUGUGACUAUUUAUAGCCAGCAGCUAAGGCGCUAAGGAAUUACUAUACAUACUGUCUGUGGUGUGAGGUUCAAAAAGACAUAUUUUUGUUUACUAAACUUUUCUAUUAUUAGCCUUGGAUGACAAAAAAAAAGCCUCAUGCUUGUAACCUUUCACUUAUAUUACCAUGUAAAUACCUAAUAUGUCUAUUAUUUGAUUGUUUUUAUUUCAACAUGCACUGGUCCAAUAGCAUUUUUAAAAACAAUAACAUUUUCCUUGUGUGUUGCCUUCUCAACUACUGUCAACAUAAAAAAAAAAAAAGACAAAUGGCAGGAAAAAAAAACCAAUGGCAUUGAUUCCCUGGAGCUGUCUGAUUAAAAUGAAUAAUUUCCAGUUCUACUUAUACAACUUGGUAACUUCAGGAAUAAAGUAAAAAAUAAAUUAAUCACC